AAAAGCCCAGCCCAUCAUCUAACGGGUCUUUUCCUUUCUUGGGACAGAAUGAGAAGCAGGAAGAAACACAGAUAAAACUCAGCGUGUUAAGUUUUGUUCGACAGAGUUCAUACUACGGUACACACUACUUAAACUUUAUACACUGAAGAAAAGAAAUGAACAUCAACCCACAGUUCCAACCGUCAGCACCCCCACCAGAAACACACUAUAUAAUACAGUGUGUAUUUGACAAUAACCUCAAGAGGCUAAAGAGAUUACUAAAGAAGAACAACAUUAAUGACAUUUACCCGUGCACAGAGUGUAACGACUGCAUAAGCCCACUGACUGCUGCUGUUGUAACUCACAACUGGGAUAUUUUUACUUUCCUUUUGCAGCAGGGUGCAGACCCAGACAAUGCUUCAGCGCAAGGCCUCACACCUCUGCAUUAUGUCUCAAUGCACGAUGCACCAAUUGAUUUUGUGGAAACACUGCUUGAAGCAAGAGCUUAUCCAGAUGGAUGUUAUCUACAUCCAUACACACCACUGCACACUGCUGCCAUCAACAACCGACAUGAUGUUGCAAAAGUGCUCAUCUCUGCUGGUGCAGCAGUGACAUUACUUGUCACUCAUCCUCAACAUAUGACCGACAAUGUGAAAAUAAGUCAGAUGAUUCACAAGCUCGCAUCAAAAGGAGAUAAAUUAUGCUCAGUAAUCAGAUAUUUCCUUGAUGUGGAAAUUGCUGUGCAAAGUAAAACACCUGAACAGGUGUUUCAAACUUUUGACAGUCACAUGCUGUUGGAGGAUCCUCAGAGCCAUCGGACCAUUAUUGAAGUUCUUUUUACUGAACCUGGGCCAGAUGGAGAGAAAUACCGCCAUGGAAGUAUUAAAUGGCUGAAGGACCCUGGAAAUCUGAACACCUACAUUGAAGGAGCAGUAAGACGCAUUCCAAACAUUCGCAAGGAAUAUGUACAUGACACAAUAAUUACUUUACAUGCAGUUCUGUGUACUGUGGAGGAAAUACCAAAUGAACAAGCACAAGCUUUAGUCCCCAAACUACUGGACAGGCUUCGCUUAAAAGAGAGACCUGAUGUGUGUGAAACUGUUCUGGAAACACUGUAUGUGAUAACACAGAAAACAAAAGACACAGCUGGCUGGGAUCUGAACUUCACUGAGAAGUUAUGUAAAGCAGUUGCUCCUUUUGUAAAGGUCCAUCAUCGCUCAGAGAUCAGGGUCUUCACAUAUGGUGUAUUUGCAAACUUACUUUCAGUUGAACAUGUGGGUGACAUCUUUACAUCAGUGGGGAUAACUGCAGUGCCUGAGGACAUACUGAUGUCUGCAGAAAUGACCAACAAUGACAAGCUGAAAGAAGUUCUCAGACGACUGAACAGUUAUUUCAGCAAACCAAACCAGGAAUGUGAGGACGGUACAGCCUCACCUGGGCCGAGGACAAAGAAGACCAACAAGAAGAAGAAUGAAAAAUCAGACAGGGAGAAGCAACAAGAGCAAGAAGACCAAAAUUAUGAAGUGUCCACUGCUAGAAGUGAUCCGACAACUUCAAAUGUUCAGCCACUCCACUCCAACACCACUGUGUCAUCAGAUACACACACAUGGCUACAAAUCAGCAAGAGGUGGAGAGAAAAAUUACAGAAGCUCAUUAGCACUGAUGGAAGAAAAGUAAGCAGAGUUGGGAGCAUGAUUUAUGUGAAUGAUAAAGAGUUCUGCAUAGCAGAGGGCAGUGAUGGUACUGAAGUCUUCUUGGGGCUGAGAGAUGAUGGCACUGAGGUCGCUAUCAAGAGAAUGAAAAAAAGUAACUAUCAAACGCUGAGGAAUGAGGAGGGAUUUCUACGACUUCCAGAACUUGAUCAUCCAUCUAUUGUACGAUACGUCGACUUUGCAGAGGAUGAGAACUUUGGAUAUCUUGGUCUUCAGCUUUGUGAAGACACCCUGGAAGAAUGCAUCAGAAACAAUGAUGCUGGUCUGCUGAAAGAGAAACUUGUCUAUCAGGUUCUGGAGAGUUUACAAGUGCUUCACUGUCAAAAUCCUCCAAUUGUCCACCGUGAUCUCAAACCACAGAAUGUUUUGAUUGAUGUUAAUGGGAGGGCGAGAUUAGCAGAUUUUGGCAUCAGCAGACGGUUACUCAAAGGCCAAACAACUUAUUGCACAGGCAGUGCAGGAACAAGAUGCUGGAAGGCCAGGGAGACUUUAACAGACGAAGCUGACAUACGAUACAAGUCAAACACUGAUGUACAGGUGGCAGGAAUGCUGAUUUAUUACAUCCUCUCUGGAGGACACCAUCCUUUCGGUGACAAGCUUCAUAAAUGUGAGUACAACAUUGAUGAAGGUUUGUACUCGUUGGACCAUGUUGAAGAUGUGGUGGCAAAGGACCUCAUCGAGUGGAUGAUCCACAAGGAACCCAAAAAGAGACCUACAGUGGAGCAAUGCUUGAGUCAUCCCUUCUUCUGGAAACCUGAGAGGAGACUUGAAUACUUGAGAAGGAUCGGAAACAUCAAGGAGGUGGAAAAGUGGAAAGAUGCCGACCAGGAAUUAAUUUCUUCGUUGGAGAAAUGUGUCGGGGAUGGAUCGUUCAAACAGUGGAAAACUGAGUUGGCAGAGUUGGUGAAGAAGAUGGAUCCCAAAAACAGAUACGAUGACAGCACACUGGCAUUCCUGCGCUUCAUACGAAACCUCCACGAGCACUAUCCCGAGGACGCGGCCGACGUUGAUCUGAUGUCGAUGUUUCCAGAUCUCUUCGGGUGUGUUUAUCUGUUUGCCAACAGCAGAGGGUGGAAUUUAAGGUCACCUGUGAAGGAAAUGUUUGGACCGAUGUUCUCCAGAGUUGUAAAGCCAUCCACAGAGGAGGAUCAUGUCGGCAGGCCAGUUCAAGAAUCUCAACUUCUGUCUGUCACAGUUCCAAAGUGACAAUACUUUGAGUGAGCAGGGUCUUUACUGUAGAAAAGAAAAAGUCCUGCCACAACUGAGUUGAUGUGAUUGAACUGCAUUAAUGCAACAGACCUGAUGCUGGGUGGUUGUAAAUCAGCGCCUGAAUUUCUACGUUUGCUUAUUUUGCCACUGAUCUGGAGCUUCAGAGUCAACUGUAUAGUACAACGACAAGUCUACAAGCCUCUGGAUGUUUCCACAUUAACUAAAUGCAACCUUUCUUUUUGUGCUUUAACUGAAAAAACUCUUCUGGUAUAUAAAUGAGUCCUGAUGUAGUUCUACAUCAACUCCAACAGCAGGAGCUUGACCCUGGUCUGUUACUGCUGUAUGAAAGAAAACAAACCAAAACACACUGAUAAUAAAGUGGGUGAUAGAGUUUUUUUUUCCUAUUUGUCUUUAUUAUCUUUCUCUCUUUUAUUUUGACAGUGCCAGGCUUUGUGCCCUUAUUGUGUUAAAACUGCAGUAAAUUGAAUAUAAUCUGGAUUUGAAGGAGUGACCUGAUCAUCUUCCUGCUUUUGUAAACAUAAUGGAAUAUGCAAGCUUCACUACAUGCAGAUUCUUUAGUAUGAUUUUUGUUUUAAGCAUAUUGAAUGUUACUCUCAAAGUAUACUGUACAUUUAG